CAUAUACCCUAAUAUUCAUUCCAUAUUCAUUACUUUAACACAAAAACAUAGAAGUAAAAUAUCAAAUUGAAUUUUGAGGUUAGGUUCAAUUUUAUUGGCAAAUAAGAGCACAGAAACCACUUUAUCGUUAGAUAGAUUAGUUACAAAGGUCGACCGAGUUGCACGUAAGUUGCUUCAUGUUUAAAACAUGUAUAAUAAAUUACUGUGUGUUUGCACUUUGCAUUGGAUUGUUUAAAACAUUCACAAAAACACUAACUUCUGCGAAAAAAACAGACAUCGUCUUAACGUGAACCAUUCACAGUGCUAACAUACAGUCACGUAGUAAAAUACAAGUUUCGUAAAUAAUUCGUUACGUACUCAGAGUAGAAAUUGAGAAAACACUUUGUCCUACAUUCCGAAAGUUAACAGUGUUUACGAAUUGCGUAUUUAGUGAGUUAAAAGAUAUAUUUUUAGAUCUUUAUAGUUCUUAAAUAAGAUAUCAACAUGAGUGGUAUAAACGAAGAUUUGGUCAAAGAGAGAAAGAAAUGCACAUUUGAUAUUGAGGAAUUGAUACAUCUUGUGGAUGGCGGGAAACAUAACACGUUGGAGAGGAAAAAGAUUGAGGAAUACGUGUUAAGUAUAAAGGAAUUGAAAGACGAAGUUCCCGAAGAGUACCUAGGGCAUAAAGAACGCUAUGAGAAUUCUGUGCGGAAGGGAUGCAUCCUCUAUAUGUUGCUUAUGAAACGGUUGCUAGAGACUAAGCCAAGUCAAGACGAUGGAAUAUCUUAUAACUACAAAAUAGUGAAUGGCGUGGUUAAAGACAUAACGCCGUUCAUGCUCCACUUCGGUAUGUUUCUACCGACGCUCGCCUCACAAGCCUCUCAGGAACAACAGCAGGAAUGGCUUAAAAAAGGCAGCCAAAUGAUCGGCACUUAUGCUCAGACUGAACUUGGUCACGGAACGUUUUUAAGAGGUUUGGAGACUACCGCAACGUAUGACGUUAACACUGAAGAAUUUGUCAUGCAUAGCCCCAAGUUGACAUCUUACAAAUGGUGGCCCGGAGGAUUGGCGCAAACUGUAAACCACUGCAUAGUAAUGGCCCAAUUAUACAUCAACGGAAAGAAUCACGGCAUCCACCCCUUUUUGGUACAAAUACGUGAUAUAGAAACUCAUAUGCCGUUACCUGGGAUCAAAGUGGGCGAUAUUGGACCCAAACUUGGAUUCCAAACCGCCAACAAUGGAUUUCUUGGAUUUGAAAACUAUCGAAUUCCAAGAAUGAACAUGCUUAUGAAGAAUUCCCAAGUUUUAAAGGACGGUACAUACGUGAAAGCAAAGAACGACAAGUUGACGUAUGGCACGAUGGUGUUCGUACGAGUCACGAUAGUAGCGGACGUGGCGUACGAGCUGGCGCGCGCCGCCACCAUCGCCGUGCGCUACGCCGCCGUCAGACAUCAGUCUAAACCCAAACCUAAUGAGCCGGAGCCUCAAAUCUUAGACUACGUGACGCAGCAGCACAAGCUGUUCAUAGCGGUGGCGACGAGCCACGCCUUCCGCACCGUGGGCCGCUGGCUGUGGGCCGCCUACACCAGGGUGGUGGCGGACAUGCGCCGCGGGGACAUGGACCAGCUACCCGAGCUACACGCUCUAGCGUGCUGCCUGAAGGCGGUGUGCAGUAAGGACGCCUCGGCGUGCGUGGAGCAGUGCCGCUUCGCGUGCGGCGGACACGGCUACAUGCAGUCCUCCAACCUGCCCAUCAUAUACGGCAUCGUCACCGCCACCGUCACAUACGAAGGAGAGCAUACUGUCAUGUUGUUGCAGACUGCUAGAUAUCUGGUAAAAUCUUACAAGCAAGCGAGUGAGGGCAAAAGUCUAACGCCGACUGUGGCUUACUUGUCCAAGUACUUGACGAGUGGCAGCCACAACUGGCAGAACACGCCUGAAGGUAUCAUUGGAGGCUUUCAAUCUGUCGCAGCGGGGAAGACUAAAGAAGCUUGUGAAUCCUUGUUCCGUCACGUCAAGUCGGGGAAGGAUUACGAAGAUGCUUGGAAUUUAUCAUCUGUGCAGCUAAUCAUCGCCAGUGAGGCGCAUGCUCGUGCUGUUCUAUGUGAGAUGUUCUGGAAAGAGAUACAAAGAAUAUCAUCGACAGUGUCUCCUAACUUGGCGAUAGUUUUGGAACAGUUAGCGGAACUGUACCUUAAGUACUGGGCUUUAGAGAAACGCGGCGACAUGUUAAUGUAUUCGACUAUAACUAAAGAAGAUAUCAGCAGCUUGCAAAGCAGAUAUGAAGAAUUGUUGGCGCUCAUUCGACCCAAUGCUGUGGGAAUUGUUGACGCGUUCGAUAUCAGAGAUGAGAUCCUGUGUUCAACACUCGGUGCAUACGACGGUCGUGUCUACGAGAGACUGAUGGAGGAAGCCAUGAAGAGUCCCCUCAACAAGGAGCCCGUCAACCAGAGCUUCCACAAGUACAUCAAGCCCCUACUGAUACAAGCCAAGCUGUAAAUGCAUAUACUAGUGAUCCGCCCUUGCUUCUCCUGGGUGAAAAAUUUAUACUUGUCAUAAUCUUUUCUUAUAGUAUAGUAUAAUUUUCGUCAGUACUAAUGUAACUUUCUAAUAGUGAAAUAUUUUUUGUAAUCGGUACAUUAGUUUCGCCUUUUCAAUGCAAACAAACAAAUCAUUCCUCUUCAAUACUA